UCGUCACGCUCCUGUCGCCCCCUCGCGCUGGUUCGCUGUUCAGCUGCUGAAUAAUAUAAAGUUCGUCGGUUUCCCAGAUGAUCGUCUGUGCGAUGUUUUAUGCGCUUUAUCCGCUUUCCAGACUCCUCGAGAGAGUUUCAGCAGUGUGGCAGAAGGCUCCGUCAGUGCAUGUGAAUGGCAGAGAGGUUUGGGACGGUGGCGGUGAACAGCAGCAGACGGGACGCUCACUCCAGAGGAACAGCACACAGAGAUCAGCACACCGUCCACAACACAAACACACACACACACACAGUCCUCAGGGAACACUGGUGGAGACUCUAGAAAGAGGACAAGUGGAAGAAGAGCUGCACAAGACUCUGUGUGAUGUCAGUCAGAUGGAGGGAGUGCUGUCAGAAACACCGCUCGCCGGUCUGGAGGACACACACCAUCCAGAUCCUGUGAAGAACCAGGCUGAAUCUGACAACAUCACCCAAGAAGUCGGAUUAUCUCCGCAUCUGACAGCAGACGCUCCCACAGAAGCAGACGGCUGUGAUGGCGCCGGGUCAUUAAUGCAGGGUUGUUCUGCAGGCUCUGGAGGUGCAGCUCUUCUUGAGUCCCGCAGCCCUGUGUUUGGCCUGUCAGCUUUACUGUCAGACACUCAGCAGUUCCAGAUGGACGCUGAGCCCGUCGGGUGGCACUUUCCCGUCGGACACGGCUUGGCGGAGAUGUGUUACUGUCCUUACGUGCAGUUUCCGGACGUCAGCUACUAUCCUGCAUUUCAAGACCAUGACAAUAUAGAAGUGAUGUGGCGAGUGUGGGAGGACCUUAGUGAACCCCGCAGCAGUGACAGUGCAGACGCGUCUCCGGUGUUCGACUUCAGCAUCAUGUCUUAUAAUAUUCUGGCUCAGGAUCUGCUGGAAGCCAAUCCACAUCUGUACACACACUGUGCAGAGGACGUGCUGAGGUGGGAAAACCGGCUCCAGUCCAUCCUGAAGGAGCUGCAGAUCUGGCAACCUGAUAUUGUUUGUCUUCAGGAAGUGCAAGAGGAUCAUUUUGAGGAGCAGAUGCAUCCUAUCCUGAUCGACAUGGGUUAUACAUGCAUCUAUAAGCGGCGCACAGGCUCAAAAACAGACGGCUGUGCGGUGUUUUACCGCAGUGAACGCUUCAUCCAGCUCUCCGUCAGCCUGCUGGAGUUUCGCCGCUCGGAGUGUGAGCUGCUGGAUCGGGAUAAUGUGGGUAUCGUGCUGCUCCUCCAGCCCACGGCGGGACCCAAUCAUCAGUUUACACCGGUGUGUGUUGCCAACACACACCUCCUGUUCAAUCCCAGGAGAGGAGACGUGAAGCUGGCCCAGCUCGCCAUCAUGUUCGCCGAGAUCCACAGCGUCAUGCAGAAAUGCAGGAGUGAAGGGAAAAGCUGUGAGCUGAUUCUGUGUGGAGACUUCAAUGCUUUACCCAGGAGUCCUCUGUGGACGCUGAUCACCACCGGGCAGCUCUACUAUCACGGCUUACCAACGUGGAUGGUUUCAGGCCAGACGGAUUUGUCAUAUAAAGCUCAUCACAACAGGCUUUUCUCCCCAUUGUGGCCCAGCAGCCUGUGCAUUACUGACCGCUGCCAGUACAAAACUGACACACACACCACAGCUUCAGAUGGUAAACAGCAGUACAGCCAUGAGUUUAUGUGUCAGCUGCGCUUCAGUGACGCGGCGUGUGUUCGGCCUGCAGAUCUGGAGCUCAUACCUGGAGUAACAGACAAAACACCGGACCCAGGAGACAUGUUUAAUCUACGGUUCAGUCCUUGUUUACGUCACAGGUUGAGUCUGACGUCUGCUUAUAGUCAUAUUCAUCCCGAAACUCUGACUGAUCUGGUCACCACACUGAACUCUGAAGGAGCCGCAAUGGUCGACUACAUCUUCUACUCUCGACGGCAGAAGAGCCGCUUCAACGGAGGCAAAGAGAGCUCUGGUGGUCUGAAACUGCUGGCUCGUCUGUCUCUGCUGUCUGAGGCUCAUCUCUGGUCUCUGCGAGGUUUACCCAGUGAAACCUUUCCCUCUGAUCAUCUCAGCCUGUUGGUCAAACUUCAGCUCAGUGAAUAAAUGACCACGCUAACAAAUGCUUUUCUCUGUUAUUUUAAUUGCCUUCGUUUUGUGAAUUAAAAAACAAAUUCAGUUUAGGUCAGAUCAGUAUUAUGUUGUCUAUUUUUCAGAGUGUGUGUGUGUGUGUGUGUGUGCACUACAAUCCAGCACGAUGCAUGUGAGGAAUAUGACAGUGUGUAUAAUUGACCAUGUUCCUAAUUAAUAAAUCAUAAUUAUACA